AACGCUCGAUUUAUCGUAGCAGCAUUGGGCAGCGUUUAAUUAUAAGGAGACUGUACAAUGACCGAAGGAACGUGUCUGCGGAGACGAGGGGGACCCUAUAAGACUGAGCCUGCCACAGACCUGCGGCGCUGGCGGCUCAGUAAUGUUGAGGGCCGGCAGACCUGGCGCUUCCUGGAGGAGGAUGAUACCAGCAGCAGGGAGCAGAACAUGCUGGAGGCCCAUUCCCUAGGGCUGGACACGAGCCAGUUUGUCCCUGAUUCCCCAGCUGCCCAUACUGCCAAGGAGGCAGCACUGAAGGGCAUGGAGUUCUACCACCUCCUUCAGGCUGAGGAUGGGCACUGGGCUGGAGACUAUGGGGGGCCUCUCUUCCUCCUGCCAGGUCUCCUGAUCACCUGCCAUGUGGCUAGCAUCCCCCUUCCUGAGGCCUGGAAGAGGGAGAUGGUGCGCUACCUGCGCUCUGUGCAGCUUCCUGAUGGAGGCUGGGGUCUGCACAUCGAGGACAAGUCUACCGUGUUUGGCACAGCUCUGAGUUACACCACUCUGAGGAUUCUGGGAGUCGGGCCUGAUGAUCCUGAUAUGGUGCGAGCCAGAAACAACCUGCACGAAAAAGGAGGUGCGGUGGGAAUCCCCUCUUGGGGUAAAUUCUGGUUGGCCGUCCUGAAUGUGUACAGUUGGGAAGGAAUGAACACUCUCCUCCCCGAGAUGUGGCUUUUCCCCACCUGGAUGCCAGCGCACCCCUCCACUCUGUGGUGUCAUUGCCGCCAAGUGUACCUGCCAAUGAGCUACUGCUACGCUGUGAGGCUCCAAGCCAAGGAGGAUCCCAUCGUACUCAGCCUCAGACAGGAGCUCUACAUCCAGGACUACUCGACCAUUGACUGGCCAGCUCAGAGGAACAACGUGGCUGCCUGUGACAUGUACACCCCCCACAGCACUCUGCUGACGGUGGCUUAUCUGAUUAUGAACGUGUAUGAGGCCCACCACAGUACUGCCCUGCGGGGGCGAGCAGUUAAGGAGCUAUACGACCACAUCAAGGCUGAUGACCGCUUCACCAAGUGCAUCAGCAUUGGACCGAUCUCUAAGACCAUUAACAUGCUGGUGCGCUGGUAUGUGGACGGGCCCACCUCCCCAGCCUUCCAGGAGCAUGUCUCUAGGAUUCCAGACUACCUCUGGCUGGGCCUCGAUGGUUUGAAGAUGCAGGGCACCAAUGGAUCCCAGCUGUGGGACACUGCAUUUGCAGUACAAGCCUUCCUGGAGGCGUGUGCUCAAGACACUCCCAGGUUUACAGAGUGUCUCAGACACGCCCACCAGUUCUUAACUAUAACACAGAUACCAGAUAAUCCACCAGAGUACAAGAAAUACUACAGACAAAUGAACAAGGGAGCGUUUCCCUUCAGCACGCGGGACUGUGGUUGGAUUGUGGCGGACUGCACGGCGGAGGGGCUGAAGUCUGUGAUGUUGCUACAGGAGCAGUGUCCCUUUAUCACUGAACACGUCCCCCCAGAGCGGCUCUACGAUGCCGUCAACGUGCUGUUGAGCAUGAGAAACUCAGAUGGGGGAUUUGCCACGUAUGAAACCAAGCGAGGAGGGAAGCUUCUGGAGCUCCUCAACCCCUCAGAGGUGUUUGGUGACAUCAUGAUAGACUACACCUACGUGGAGUGCACCUCGGCAGUGAUGCAGGCGCUGAAACACUUUCAUCACGUCUACCCUGAUCACAGGCCAGAGGAGAUUAGAUCCACCCUACGGGACGGCCUGGAGUACUGCAGGAAGGUCCAGCGCCCUGAUGGAUCAUGGGAAGGGUCCUGGGGAGUGUGCUUCACCUACGGGGUGUGGUUUGGACUGGAGGCCUUCGCAUGCAUGGGCCACACCUACAGGGACGGGUCAGCAUGCAGGGAGGUGGAGAGUGCCUGCGAGUUCCUCCUGUCCCGCCAGAUGGAGGACGGUGGCUGGGGGGAGGACUUUGAGUCCUGCGAGCAGCGGCGCUACAUCCAGAGCGAGAGGUCCCAGAUUCACAACACCUGCUGGGCGCUGCUGGGGCUUAUGGCUGCCAGGUACCCUGAUGACAGGGUGGUAGAGAAGGGGAUACAGGUUCUGAUUGAUAAGCAGCUGCCCAAUGGAGACUGGCCACAGGAGAACAUAGCCGGUGUGUUCAACAAGAGCUGCGCCAUCAGCUACACCUCCUACAGGAACGUGUUCCCCGUUUGGACACUGGGGCGGUUCAGCCGCCUGUACCCCUCCAGUCCCCUCGCAGGGAAGCUCAAGCUGUGAGGGGUCAGGGGUCAC